AUGACCACGAUGAGUACAAUAACAACCCCAACAACCUUAACCCUCCACCCCUUUCCCCUGCUGCCCUUCGAGCUCCGCAUCCUGAUAUGGGAAUUCACCCUUCACCCCCGCGAAGUCGAAGUCGUGAUCCUAGAACCUCUCUUACCCAAGAGUGCCAGUCCCAUCUCGCACACGGCCGUCCCGGGGCCUUUACAAGCCUGUCGCGAGUCUCAUAACCACCUCACUGCUGCCAUUGACACCAGCACCAGCACCAGCACCAACACGCGCAACCGCAAGCCCUACUUGUACGAAAAAGCCUUCCAAUCAAGCACCACCAUAUGCAGCCAACGCUACGUCUGGAUAAACUUCUUUUUAGACACCAUCUCCAUCGGCAUCUACACCAACCUAAACUACUUGACCUCGCCUUCCGAAUAUCCAGAACACCACACAUGGAGGAACAAGAUCAGACGGCUCAAGUUCGACAAGGAGUACUGGGCUGUCCACAACGACGGGGAAUAUUUCUUUCAGUGGGAGUUGAAGCAGCUUGAGCAAUUCCAAAAGCUGGAAGAGUGCCACAUUGUUUGCAUGGACGGGUUUGCUGGGUUUGAGGGCAUCACGAAUCGUAAUUACUUCCCUUGCGGGACGGAGAAUGUGUGGUUGUAUGAUGAGGACAACGGCGAGAGGGUCAAGGCGGUUGA